AUGACAAUAGGAGCAAAUAGAAAACUUAAACAAUGUGAUCCAUAUUGUAAAAGAAAGGUAGUAGAUGAAAAGGAAAAGAGAAAGGAUAAACCAUUCAAGUUGAAAAACGAUGAAAAGGUACCAAGAUCGUUGCGUAUGGUGAUGCAAGCGAGUCAAUUGGUCAAAGAGAUUGAUGAAAAGAAACAAAAGCGUGAAGAGCUCUAUCAAGAAAACAAGGAAAAGAAUCUACAACAAAACAAUGGAGUCUCUGCAAAACAAAUUAAAAAGCAAGAGAUCAAGGCCAAGAAACAAAAUCCACAAGAUCAAGACGACAAACGACAAGUAGACAAAAAGAAACAACAAAAGACUGAAAAAAAGAAUCAAAAGGUUGCAAAGAGUGUUGCUGGUUUGGAUACUUCAGUGGCUGAAGCCAAGAAACAAUCGGUCGAAGAGAUGACUGAUUUCUCAAAGCAACAAGAACAACUCGCUCACAUUCUCGGUUUCAUGCCCAACCCAGAAGACAAGGGCGAGAACACCUCAAAACUCAACAGUAUAAAGGACGUCAGUAACAAAAAGGCAGACAUUCAACUAGAUACAAAGCGUCGUCCUGGUGAAAACCAAGAACAAUACUUUCAACGUAUGCGUAAUCAAAUCAACGAAAAGGAAAAGAAAAUGACAAAUCGUUAUGCUAAAAACAAAGAGAAUAGUAAAUUAAAGAAAUUAAAAAAGACUCUUAAAAAGAAAGGUCUUAGAUUGGUUGAUGAUAGUAAUAAUAUUAAUCAUGAUGAAGAUGAUGAUGAAGAUGAAGAUGGAAAGGAUGGAAAGGAAGGAUCGGUGGAGAAAAAGGAAAUGGGAGAAUUGGAUAAAAAGAGAAAACAACAACAAUUAAAACAUAAAAAUUCUAAAAAGGAUUUUAAUGAAUUACAAGAUAAUAUCAAGUUUGGUGAACAAGUUGAUCGUCCUCCAACUCUUCCAGUUGUAAAGGAUCUAAGUAAAAGAAAAGCUGCAAAUGAAACCCAAUCUUCAAAACGUAAAUAUUUAUGGCAAGAUGAAGGUGAAAAGAAACAAGAAGAAGAGACUGAAGAAGAUUUGGAAGAAAAGAGAUUACAACAACAAAGAGAAGUAGUAAAGAAACAGAAAUUGGAACUUCUUAGAGGUCAAGUUAUGCAAAAUUAUAAACAAAACAAAUUGGUUAAAAAACAAAGAAAUGCUAUCAAUCUUGCUCAAAGUGAAAAUCCAAAAUCUCGUGAACCAAGAUCCUUCUAUCUCUAA